AUGCUUGACCAUUUCGAAUUCUCUGCUACUAACGGAUUCCGAUAUUAUGCCAUGAUACUUGAAUACCUUCCUGGUGGAGAUUUAGCCCAUUUUUUUCAGCGAAUGCAGAAUUAUGUUUUUGGUCUGAGUUAUAUUCAUGGCAAAAAUAUCAAGCAUAGAGAUCUCAAGCCUGAAAAUAUUCUUCUUACAGCUGAUAGGCUGCAGGUUAAAAUUGCUGAUUUCAACAUCUCUCGAACAUCCGAGGAAACGAUUGAGACAGGCGUCGCCGGAUCGAUGGAGUACUUGUCACCAGAAGAAAUCAAUGUUCAAGGAAAUUCAGUUCCAGUCACCUUCAGUCAAGACAUGUGGCCGCUUGGGAUCAUUUUUCAAAUGUUGUGUACUUUUAGACAUCCGUUUGCGUUUGGAAAUCACUAUCAGACGAUGACGAAUAUCAUAAAUAAUAAUCGAGAACCCGCGGAAGUUGAUUUCCCAGAGAUGGAAGCCCUCAUUCAACGAUGCUUGGUUGUCGAUAUAAGCGAAAGAGCCGAAAGUGCUUCUGCAUUGAUGGCUCAUCCUUCUCUAUCUAGCCUUAUACAACAGCUAGAAGCAGGAGUUCGACCGGCCGAUUUGAUUUUUCCAUCGUCACGAGAAGACCCACUUUUAAACACGAUCGAGUGGCAACGCGGGGAAAUCGAACAAUUAAGAAACGAGCUCGCAGAAACACGACAGAUGCUACAUACAGAGACAGAGGGACUUGGCCAUCUUACUGGAACCGAAAGGCGUCGACGUCCUCAUGAUACUGAAGUCGUGCGACGAAUUUUAAGGGCGAUGGCAGCAGGGGCGAUCAAUUUCAAUUUUUUGUUUAAAUACGACAGAGAAUUGAAAGUAACAGAAUCUGGAUGGAGACUCGAACAUUCAACAAAUAUAAGAGGAAGAGACAGCGGCUUUUGGAAGUUGUUGCUUACUCACAAUGGCAGACGAAAGGAAUUCGAAGCAAGUGGAGAGGACAUUCGCCGUGGAACUGGGAGGAGCGAAAACUUGAAACAAUAUUUGACUCCGGACAAAAACGGUAUUGUACGAAUUGAAGGAAGGCAUACGUUUAUUAGAUGGAAUAUAACAAUGAAGAAAUAA